CCGCGCCGCUGGGAGGCAUGGAAGCCGCGCGCACCGUCCACGCGCCUACACCGGUGUAAGCGGCGCAGCGAGCCGCGGCUCCCGGGCCGCUUGGCGUGAGAGCUGCUCAGCAUGGCAGGAAUUCCAGGGCUCCUCUUCUUCCUCCAUCUCCUUUGUGCUGUUGGGCAGGUAAGCCCCUACAGUGCCCACUGGAGGCCCACUUGGCCAGCUUACCGGCUCCCUGUGGUCUUGCCUCAGUCAACCCUCAAUUUAGCUAAGCCUGACUUUGGGGCCAGAGCCAAGUUGGAAGUGGCAUCCUCCUGUGGACCCCAGUGUCAUAAGGGAACACCAGUGCCUACUUAUGAAGAGGUUAAGCAGUACCUGGCUUACGAAACACUCUAUGCCAAUGGCAGCCGCACAGAGACACAAGUGGGCAUUUACAUCCUCAGCAGUGGCGAGACUGAUUCUGCUGGAAAAUCUCGGAGGAAGCGGCAAAUUUAUGGUUAUGAUAGCAGGUUCAGCAUUUUUGGGAAAGACUUUCUGCUAAACUACCCUUUCUCAACUUCAGUGAAGUUGUCCACAGGCUGCACAGGUACCCUGGUGGCAGAGAAACAUGUCCUCACUGCUGCUCACUGCAUCCACGAUGGGAAAACCUAUGUGAAGGGCACUCAGAAACUUCGAGUGGGCUUCCUGAAGCCCAAGUUUAAAAAUGAUGCUCCAGGUGCCAACAGCUCAAACUCAGCUGUGCCUGACAAGAUGAGGUUCCAAUGGAUCCGGGUAAAACGCACACAUGUGCCCAAGGGCUGGAUCAAGGGCAAUGCUAAUGACAUUGGCAUGGAUUAUGACUAUGCCCUCCUGGAACUCAAAAAACCCCACAAGAAAAAGUUCAUGAAGAUUGGGGUGAGCCCUCCUGCCAAGCAGCUCCCAGGGGGCAGAAUUCAUUUCUCUGGUUAUGACAAUGACCGGCCAGACAAUUUGGUAUAUCGUUUCUGUGAUGUCAAAGAAGAGACAUAUGACCUGCUGUACCAGCAGUGUGAUGCCCAGCCAGGUGCCAGUGGUUCCGGGGUAUAUGUGAGGAUGUGGAAGAAACAGCAACAGAAGUGGGAACGCAAAAUUAUUGGCAUCUUUUCAGGGCACCAGUGGGUAGAUAUGAAUGGCUCUGCACAGGAUUUUAAUGUGGCUGUUCGAAUCACCCCUCUCAAAUAUGCCCAGAUUUGCUACUGGAUUAAAGGAAACUACCAAGAUUGUAGGGAAGGCUGACACUGUAUUUUUUCCUGACUGCACUUACUGGUUUUCAUGUAAUUGUUCUAGGAGAAUCCAAGUUUGAUUAUUGGGGGGGGGGAGUGUAUGUAUAUGUGUGGUCAAUAUGUCAUACUAUUUUUCACCUAACUUCUUAAUUACAAGAUGACUGCUUUGUUAUUUGAAAACUGGUUUGUGUAUCAUAUCAUUUAAGCAUUUUGAUGGCAGAACUUUGCAUAGAAAUAAAAAACAUACUGAUAUUUUGGGGGCAAUAGGGAAUAUUAGUGAUUAAAUUAAUCUUUUGUCUUUUGAGAACUUUGAUUCUAAUUUUAUCUGAACUUAUUUCAAGGAUUUCUAUUAAAUAAUGUGGCAUGCGGGAGAUAUCAA